GUCCCAUCCCGUCCCGCCCCGAGCAAAGGGCGCUGAGUCCAGACUGUUAGUUUAGUUGAACGGUCCGAGUCUUUUCCCCUAACUCAGACGCCACUCUGGUGCAAGCGACAUGUCUGAGGAGGAGAGGGACAUUUUCCUCAGAGCCCGGGGCAGGACGCUGGACGCUUUUCCUGAAGAAGAGCUUCAGUGGAAAUCCCCUUUCUACUUCAUCCAAGGAGCAGAUCCACAAUUUGGACUGAUGAAAGCCUGGGCACUUGGUGACUGUGAUAAUUGUGGUGAUGAAUGGGAAGAGGAGAUCAGAUUAACUGAACAAGCCGUGCAAGCUAUUAACAAGCUCAACCCCAAACCUAAAUUCUUUGUUCUGUGUGGUGACCUCAUACAUGCUAUGCCUGGAACUCCAUGGAGAGCAAAUCAAACAAAAGAUUUAAAGAAAGUUCUUAAGAACAUCAACAAAGAAAUCCCAUUGGUGUUUGUCAGUGGAAACCAUGACAUUGGUAAUGUUCCUACGUCAGAAGCUAUAGAUGAGUAUUGCCGUACUUGGGGAGAUGACUAUUUCAGCUUCUGGGUUGGAGGAGUGCUUUUUCUUGUCCUGAAUUCACAAUUAUAUGUUGAUUCCUCUAAGUGCCCCAACUUGAAACACGCCCAAGACCAAUGGCUUGACACACAACUAGCAGUGGCGAAACAGAGGAUGUGUAAGCAUGCCAUUGUGUUCCAGCACAUCCCUCUUUUCCUCAAAACUGCUGAUGAAGAAGAUGAUUAUUUCAACAUAAGUAAGCCAAUACGCCAAGAAUUAGUGGACAAGUUCACCGAUGCAGGCAUUAAGGCUGUAUUCUCUGGACACUACCAUAGGAAUGCUGGUGGAUUCUGCAACGACCUCGACAUGGUGGUGUCAUCUGCAAUAGGCUGCCAAUUAGGUGAAGAUACCCACGGACUCCGUGUUGUGGUGGUCACCGCUGAGAAAAUUGUUCAUCGCUAUUACAGCUUAAAUAAACUAAGCAAUGAAGGCAUAGAGAAAGAUCUGAUGGAUAUGAUUAAGCAAGAAUAACAAUUUUUCUCCAGGUGCCACUAAUUUUUCACUUGUAUCUUUUGAUUUUUCAUUGAACAGCAUUUCCAAGGAAUACUUCACUGAAACACAGUAGCAGAGCCUUGAAGAUUUGUGAUUUGGUGAUAUGUGUGCAUAAAAGUUAGCUUUGUUCUCUCCUAAAUAACAAAAUGAAAGCUUCCCCUCCUCUAUGGAAAAGAAUUCAAUGAAUGAUAAUUAUGAUUAGAAUCUCUCUUGCUUUGCUGUUCCUGAGGGUGUGUCAUAUUGUCAGUGAUUCCCCAUUCUCCUUAACUCUAAUCAGAUCCAGGUCUAAUCCUUGAGAACACCUCAGUCAGACUAUAGUUGUGACUCUCAAGAUAUCAACAGUAAUAAAGAAGUGUUUGGUUCUUUUAGAA